AUGGAGCUAAAAUCCAGUCCACGUCAGGUGCACUCUUCAGAAUUAAAUAGUAUGUCAGUGGAGAACAAGUCCAGUCAAAGUCAGAUACACUCUUCAGAAAUAAGUGAUAUGUCGGUGGAGAAAAAGUCCAGCCAAAGUCAGAUACACUCUUCAGAAUUAAGUGAUAUGUCAGUGGAGAAAAAGUCCAGCCAAAGUCAGAUACACUCUUCGGAGUUAAGUGAUAUUACGAUGGAGAAAAACUCUGGUCCAAGUCAGAUGCAUUCUUCAGAAUUAAGUGAUAUUACGGUGGAGAAAAAAUGGAGUCCAAGUCAGUUGCGGAGUCCAAGUCAGAUGCACUCUUUAGAAUUAAAUGAUAUUACUAUGGAGCAAACAUCCAGUCCAAGUCAGUUGAACCCUCCAGAAGUAAAUGAUAAUAUUAUUAUAUCUGUUGAGCAAAAGUAUUACCCAAGUUACAUAGGCUCUUCAGCAGCGACAGGUGUGCAUAAUUCAAGUUUAAGUCAAAUAAUUUCUACGGAUAAAGACAACAAGAAUAGUGUGAUAGCGGAUGGGAAGAAGUUGGAUAGUUCUUUAUUGCCUCCGAAUGACAUUAAGUUUUCCUUGAAAACAGAUUCAGGCUUAGAAAUCUCGGCAAGACGGAAGAGAAACUAUAGAUGUGAUAGUUGUGGGAAAAGCUUUGAAUACGAAAGUGUUCUUAUAAGACAUGUAGCAACUCAUUUGUAUAAAACAUCUAGACGAUUCAAAUGUGAAUUUUGUGAACUAUCAUUUUCUGUUCCAAGGAGAUUGAGAGAUCACAUGGUUAGUCACACAGGAGUUGUUCCUUUGGAUUGUAAAUACUGCAAAGAAACAUUCACAGAUGAAAGUAAAUUUAAUGAUCACAUGAAAUUACAUGAUGGUUAUAAGAAAUAUUUUUGUAAAAUUUGCAAUAAAAGGUUCGGGAAAAUCGGUCUUCUUGCAAAACAUAAAAAAGUCCACUCAGACAUAAAACCUCAUGUAUGUGAGGUCUGCCAGCGUGCAUUUAAACAUAGCUACCAUUUAAAAAGACAUCUUAGUUUACAUUACAAAACAGGACCAGUCGUUUGUGAUAUAUGCAAGAAAAAACUUUCAAGUAAAGAUACACUGAGAUCCCACCAUAUUAGAUGUCAUGGCGAUUUAAAGAAAGAUUACGUGUGUGACCUUUGUGGGAAAGCAUUUUUGUGUUUUUCACAUGUAACAAGACAUAUAAAGUGUCAUCUUGACUUCAAAAUUUACUCGUGCAAUAUGUGUGAUGUGUCGUUUGUAGAACAGUCAAGUUUGAAACUUCAUUUAGUAGUUCAUAACAAAAACAGACCAAAGAGUUUUGUUUGUGGCAUUUGUGAUAAAAGUUUUAGCCAACAAAAUGUCUUGACUGAACAUGUAAAGCGGCGCCAUGCAAUGGAAAAAGAUACGGAAUGCAAAGUGUGCGGCAAAUUAUUCAAGAAACACAAUCUAGCUAAACAUAUGUCAAGGCAUUCUCAGUAUAAACAUAAGUGUGAUGUAUGUGCAAAAAAAUUCGCAGUAUCUGGCGAUCUCCGUAGACAUAUGAAUAUUCACACUGGAGAAACACCAUAUGUAUGUCCAUUCUGCAAAAAGGCAUUCAAUUGCAGCUCAAACCUAUCCAGACACAAACAGUACUAUCAUACACCAGACAGAAAAUUUGUGUGCAAAGUUUGUGACAGAAAUUUCAAAACAUCCAGUGAUUUGCAUCAACAUAAACAAUCAAAGUUUCAUAAACAAACAGUUGAUAAGCUAGAGAAAUGA